UGAGUCAUAUAUUUAUUAUCAUUAUUAUUAUUAUUAUUUUAGAUUUCACUCUCCUCACCUCUGCGUCUGAAACUUAAGAGCGACGCGUUCACGUCUGCCCGGAAAGAAGAGCCUGUUUUUUUUUUUUUGGUUUUUUUUUCAUGAACGAGAAGGACUGCACGAGAGGCGCAAAUCACCGCCGAGCUGCUGACCGACGGUGAUCAUAAACAUGUGACCGCUGAAUGGUCGCACAGUUACUGCUACCCCUGCCGGGAUUAUACACAGCGUAGGUCUCUGCUUCAUCUCUCUGAUAACUGCUGAGAGGAGGAAGAUGGACGCCAAGGACCAAGGUGCUCAGAUUGAGCCGCUGCUGCCCACGGUCAGUUCUUCCUUUACUUCAUCAGUUGGCUGCAGAAGUUUGAGGAGUGAUGACGAGGCCGUGGUGGACAGAGGAGGAACACGAUCCCAACAGGGAACCAACUUUGAGAAGGAAGAUCUUGAAGGCCACAGGACUCUCUACAUCGGGGUUCACGUCCCCUUGGGCAGCACAAGGCAUCGCAGUCAUCGCAGGCAUCGUCACCAUGGAAACAAACACAAGAAGAGGAACACUGAACGGGCCCCAACCUUGGUGGAGGGUAGAGAGUCUCCUGUCUACGACACUCCCUCCCAGAGAGUGCAGUUCCUGCUGGGCACCGAGGAUGAUGAUGAGGAGCAUAUUCCCCAUGACCUCUUCACAGAGAUGGAUGAAAUCUGUGUGAGGGAUGGAGAGGACUCUGAGUGGAGGGAAAGUGCCAGGUGGCUGAAGUUCGAGGAGGAUGUUGAGGAUGGAGGAGAGCGAUGGAGUAAACCCUACGUAGCCACUCUGUCUCUACACAGCCUGUUUGAGCUGCGAAGCUGCAUCAUCAACAGCACUGUGCUGCUCGACAUGAGGGCUAAUACCAUUGAGGAGAUUGCAGAUAUGGUGUUGGACCACCAGGAGUUAUACUCUCCCCUGGGAGAUGAGCUCAGGAAGAAAGUGCGGGAAACACUGCUGAAGCAGCACCAUCACCAGAACCAGAAGAAGCUAGCUAAUCGUCUGCCAAUUGUACGCUCCCUUGCUGACAUGGGUCGACGGGCAUCGGAGCUCCACCUGGACAAGAGUGCCCCACUGAAGUCAACAGAUCAGAUGACGUCCUCCCAGUCUCACUUAGCGAGCCCAGACGGGAAAGGGGAUGGCAGUAGAGAGAUCAGUGCUGUGGACUUCAGCAAGAUAGACCUUCAUUUCAUGAAGAAGAUCCCGGCAGGAGCCGAGGCUUGUAACGUCUUGGUGGGAGAGCUUGAAUUUCUGAACAAGCCGGUGGUGGCGUUUGUCCGUCUUUCACCGGCGGUCCUGCUCAGCGGGCUGGCAGAGGUCCCCAUCGCCACAAGGUUUCUGUUUAUUCUUUUAGGGCCCUUGGGUAGAGCACCUCAGUACCAUGAGAUUGGAAGGUCCAUCGCAACACUCAUGACUGAUGAGGUUUUCCACGAUGUUGCCUAUAAAGCUAAAGACCGCAAUGAUCUCAUCGCCGGGAUCGAUGAAUUCCUCGAUCAAGUGACAGUCCUGCCUCCAGGAGAGUGGGACCCAUCCAUAAGGAUAGAGCCGCCAAAAAAUGUACCUUCGCAGGAAAAGAGGAAGAAAAGUAACAUUUUACCCAACGGAUUGGUAGAAGGUGAUGAGGAAGAGGAGCAAGAUGGCCACGGGGGUCCAGAACUGCAGCGUACCGGAAGGUGGUUUGGUGGUCUCAUACUAGACAUCAAGCGCAAGGUACCCCACUACCUGUCCGACUACACUGAUGCUUUUAGUUUACAGUGUGUGGCCUCUUUCCUCUUCCUCUACUGUGCCUGCAUGUCCCCUGUCAUCACCUUUGGAGGACUACUGGGCGAGGCAACAGAAGGACGCAUAAGUGCAAUUGAGUCGCUGUUUGGAGCCUCAUUGACUGGAAUAGCCUAUUCCCUGUUUGCUGGGCAGCCCCUCACCAUUCUGGGUAGCACAGGGCCAGUGCUUGUGUUUGAAAAAAUCUUGUUCAAAUUCUGCAAGGAGUAUGGCUUGUCCUAUCUGUCUCUGAGAGCCUGUAUCGGUCUGUGGACAGCUUUCCUAUGUAUCAUGCUGGUGGCUACAGAUGCCAGUUCCCUUGUUUGUUACAUCACACGUUUUACAGAGGAAGCUUUCGCUUCCCUCAUCUGCAUCAUCUUCAUCUAUGAGGCCUUGGAGAAACUCAUCCACCUGGGAGACCACUAUCCCUUCAAUAAGAACAACAACCUGGACAAGCUCACCAUGUACUCAUGUUCAUGCGUUGAGCCUUCUGACCCCACCAAUGGUACCCUGAAGUAUUGGGAGAUCAACAAUGUCACUGCCUCGGAAAUUUACUGGGAAGCCCUGGAGGUCAAGGAUUGUAUUGAAAAGCGCGGGGAGUUUGUGGGUAGCGCCUGCGGCCCUCAUGGACCCUACGUCCCCGAUGUCCUCUUCUGGUGUGUCAUUCUCUUCUUUUCCACCGUCAUCAUGUCAGCUUUCCUCAAGGAGUUCAAGUUCAGCAAUUAUUUUCCCACGAAGGUGAGGUGCAUCAUCAGUGACUUUGCUGUUUUCUUCACCAUCCUUACCAUGGUCUUAGUCGACUAUGCGUUAGGGAUCCCCUCUCCAAAACUAAAGGUUCCGAGUGUGUUUAAGGUGAGCCAGUCCACAAAAGAAACUGUUUACCAGAUUUUAUCAGCAAAUUGCAAAGUGACAUUUUUCAACAAACUGCUAAUUUUGUCUAACCAACAACAAUCUUUGCCUUCUUUUUUAAACCAGCCAACCAGAGAUGAUCGAGGUUGGAUUGUUAGCCCACUGGGACCCAACCCCUGGUGGACCGUUGUUAUUACGGUUGUCCCAGCUCUGCUUUGUACCAUCCUCAUCUUCAUGGACCAGCAAAUCACAGCUGUCAUCAUCAACAGGAAAGAGCACAAACUCAAGAAAGGUUGUGGCUACCACCUGGAUCUGUUCAUGGUGGGCGUGAUGCUUGGUGUGUGCUCUGUGAUGGGCUUGCCCUGGUUCGUUGCAGCCACCGUCCUCUCCAUCACCCACGUCAACAGCUUGAAGCUCGAGUCAGAGUGCUCGGCUCCUGGGGAGCAGCCCAAGUUCCUCGGCAUCAGAGAGCAGCGCUUCACAGGCCUCAUGAUCUUCGCCCUCAUGGGUUGCUCUGUCUUCAUGACAUCGGUGCUGAAGUACAUUCCUAUGCCUGUGUUGUAUGGAGUAUUCCUGUACAUGGGAGCAUCUUCUCUCAAAGGCAUUCAGUUCUUCGAUCGUUUGACGCUGUUCGGUAUGCCAGCUAAGCACCAGCCAGACUUCAUCUAUCUACGACAUGUACCCCUGAGGAAGGUGCAUCUCUUCACCAUCAUCCAGCUGAGCUGUUUGAUUCUGCUCUGGGUCAUCAAGACCUCCAAGGCUGCCAUCGUCUUUCCCAUGAUGGUAUUGGCUCUGGUGUUCAUCAGGAAGCUAAUGGACUGUAUCUUUACCAAGAGAGAGCUGAGCUGGCUGGAUGACCUCAUGCCAGAGAGCAAGAAGAAGAAGCUUGAAGAUGCAGAGGAGGAGGAGGAAGAGGAGGAGGAGCAGAGUAUGGUGGCAGAAGAUGGGGGAGUGCAAGUGCCAUUAGAAGGGUACAAAGGGAUACCCAUCAUCAAUAUCACAGAUGAAAUGUCAAAAGGUUCCUUUGGAAACACUUGGAACGCCAACAGCUGAGAUGUUUGAGAAAGAACCAAGACGUCAAAAUGUACAUGCAUAUACAGGACACGUGCUCAUAGCUUUUUGGUGUUAUGUUGAAGAUAUGAAGAUACAUUGAAAACAUUUCUUAUUAUAAAUUACAAAAGCGACAUCCUUUUGAUAUACUGACAACCUCAAAAACGAAAAAAGAAAAUGAAAAUCUGAAGAUGAUGCUGUGGUCGGCACUACAGGUGGGCAAGUAGUUCAAGUAAAUAUUUAAAUGAGGAAAUGGAGCUACAGGAGUAUUUAUCUGCAAGGUUGGCUGCCAUUACCAACUCAUUGAAUAUUUGGCUUCUUGUAGUGACAGAAUGUAGCUGUUUAAAUGUAUAGAAAUCUUUAUAGGAAGCAAUUGGUCUUUGCAAAAGUCAGGCACAUCUUUUUUCUUCGCACAAAUAAAAAAUCACUCUGUACAUGCUUCAAAAAUACUCCCCGUUAAUGUGCGUUUCAUGCACUAAAACGGUCCAAAGUGCUGUAGAUGAACUAUUGUUUAGUCGUUUAGGUUUUUGAAUAUUAGAUUUCAUGGAGUUGAAUGC